AUGGUGCGUGUGAUCUCCCUUUCCGGAGAGAAGGUCUUGGAUUUCCAGUUGUCAGAGUUCGAGACAUCUGCAAGCUUGCUGAAAGAGGUGGCCAUGAUUCUGGAGCUUCGAUCUUGCACCUUGAUUCGACCUUCGGGUGAAGAGCUCGGAACGAAUGUGAACUUGCUGGAGAGCUUGUGCGAAGACGAUGAACUCACGGUGAUCGGACAUAGCGAAGAUCCUUUGCUUGAGAUGAUGGGCUUCCAACGGGAUGGAGAAGUGGUCGCUGCCUUGGCCCAUGUCUCUCGUCAAGAGCUGCGUCGCAUGGCCCUGAUUUGUGGGGAGAAGCUCUUACGAAAAGCCUGUGACUUGGCGACGCCACGGCCUGGCCGAGGAGAGGAAGAUUGGUGGGUCGAAUGGCCCUUUCAUCAUUUGCCUCCACCGAGUGGAGAAGGCGGGGCUUCCGCCUCUUCCCCCUUUGCCGGUGGCCGCUGUGAAGUGACGCCCGAGUUGCCGGUGAUCCCACCGAAGACUCGCUUGCUGGUCUCAGGACAAGUGUCCGAGCUGAGGACGUCGCUGGAGAUUGGUGAGCUUUGCAGGAGGAUGACAUUCGAGGAGGAAAAGAAGCUCUUGCGCAGCGAUGAAGCCAAAAGAUUGGAAGCCAAAGAGGUUUGGCGCAUCGUGACGCUGAAGCGUUACUCGGAAGAGGAGAUUUGCCUGGAGCUGGGCCACGAGUUUGGGCAGAGCUUGUACCAUGAGAUUGGACUCGACACGGACGACAACGGCCUUAUCGACUCCUUCGAAACGGCGGCCUGGUCCGUUCCCAUGGAGGAUGCCUGGGUUGGAAUAGACCUGCAGUAUAUGCCCGAGACAGCUGCACGAGUAAGGUCUCGUGGCUUUCUGCUGGAGGGGGACCUGGUGGUUGGCAUCCGCUGGGAAGGCAAUGUGGAUGACCUCGACUUGUCGGUCGUUGGACCAGGCUCAGAGUACCUGGAUUUCAACCUCACCGAAGGCGACUUUUAUCGUGUCAGUGACUUCGGCCUCUAUGCGGUACCGUGCAAUCCAGGAGAUGGCUGCACUACACCGGUACGGAGCAGCCUCUUCGUCAUAGCACUUGCUGGAGACUAUGAUAUCAUGGUCUACCGUCGAGGUGAGAAACCCUGGAGCCAGUUGUCAAUCUCAGCGCAUGUGCGGCUUUGUGGACGAGAUAUCGAAUACCAGCUCACCUUGGCUGACAACGAGCAGAAUGACACAAUUGCUUCUGGCCUUCGUGUCCCAUUUUCCAAGUGCCAUCGGAAGCCUCAGAGUGCGGUGCAGAACCUCCGCGUGUGGCAGUCCACGGUGCAUGGUGGUGGAGCUUCGGUCGACCGCAUGUGGUAUUUGGCGGAUGACAAUCCGCACAGUUGCAUGGAGACGGGAGGCGAAGGCAGUCCCACGCCUGACGCCAAGCCCUGGUGGCGCGUGAGCUUGGAAAAUACGCAGAUCGUGCAAGGGCUUUGGCUCGCAGGUCAAAGUGGUCCAGGUGUUGCGACACACGCAGACGUUUUCACGUCUUCCAGCACACAGAAGGAUGUCAGCGCUGUGGUAGAUGUGGAUUCCUACAACGGGCAGAUUUUCUAUGUCUACAAUGCGACGACGCAAUACUGCUACAGGGUCACCAUUGGCCAGCAAAUUGAGGAAGAUCAGCAAUCCUCAGUACACGCCUGCGAUGCAUUGGGUUUCCCAAGCAAUACUGCAUCAAAUUACUUCCUCAUUGGUAGCUAUACAUCGACAGCACAAAAUGAGCAAAGCUUUGAGAAUGGCGUUACUUGUUCAAAAGCUUCUGGCCAUCGGCAUGGCGUGCUGAACACCGUGAUCCGGAGCGACAAUGGAGCCUUAGAGGUCACAGUCCGAGAGAUUCGCCCAUGCUUCUACGAAGCGACGCUCCAUGUGCCCUUGAGCACGAUUUUGCGGCAAGGGACCUUGUGUGCUGAAGAUGUGCCCAUCGGAGUUCUGGAGGAUCCGUUUCAAGUGCCAGCCACCAGAGCCUGUAUGCAGGAGAGUCGAGGCAGCACAGUUUGGGUGGUGGCCAAGUAUGGCCGGCUGCGGCUUUGCGAGGUGGAGCUCUUCACAGAGCCUUUGCCCACGGUGACUCAGGUCUCCUUCGACUAUGGUGCUUCUGGGAACGAAUCUGUGGGCGCAGUCUGCGGUGCCAACAACAUCUCCAUUGAGUUCUCGGACGACAACGUCACGUGGAUGAAGGCAUGGGAUGCUUGGGCAGAUGCAUCGGUCUAUCAGCACGUGCAAUUUGCACGCUGGAGUUGGUGGCAGCGGCUCUUUGCGUUGCCGUUCCACACGAAUUUUAGCCAAGCAGAGUCCCGCAAUGUCACCAUCCCGAGUUUACGAGAGAAUAGCAGCUACGAUGUCCUGUGCUGGGCGACCGACGCCAUCGGCAACGAUAUCAUGCAGAGCAUGGUGGUGCUGCCAUUGCCUUGGGCAGACACAAGAGAGAACAACGAAACCUUGAGGUGCACUGGCUGGGUGCGAGAGAUUAUGCCAUGCGUUGUGCAGGCACUCUUAGUGGAUGUGCAGACCACCACAGAAGGCUUCUUCACCGGGAACACCGAAAGGGUGUCCUUCCGCAUGGAGCUGCGGGACGGGAGCUGCAACUUCCGAGACUUGAGUUGGCUGACCUAUGGAGGCACCUGUCUCUAUCCCCGCUGUGAUGAGCAAGCCUGGUCCAAUGAGUAUCCGGUGCACCUCAGUUUCGGCAUGUUGCAGCCGGGUGAGGACUACACAUUGGUGUGCUUUGUUACCGACCCUUGGGGCAAUGAGGCACAGCAAGAGUUCACCUUGUCGAUCCCAGAACGAACUACACCAGCUCCGCCAAGCACGCAGUCGACCUCACAGAGGGAAACUCUGAGGCCAGCACCAGUCACUCAGCCACCAACACAACCGCGCACUACUCAAUCAGUCGAGUACUACACCAGAGCACCUACAGUCCGCACAACUGCUGCUGCCUCUACGAGUAUGCAGCCGCCCGCAUUUACCACAACGGAUAGGACUUGGGAACCAAGAACUACCGAAGAGCCCACCACAACGACCACAACAACGAUUGAACCACUGGCAACAUUGCCACCUUGGCUGGAGAACUACGUCCCUGCUGGUCCAUUGCGAACCGAGAUGACAUUGAGUACGUCUUCAAGAGAAGAUGCUGAAGAGCUUGUUCUACCAGCAGCAAUGAAUGCACUUAAAUCUGCACUCCGAUCAUCUUUGGAGCUUGGACCGCUGGACAAGUUGACCAUCGAGGGCACUGAGAUCUACUUGGAAGGCGGCAGUGGACGACGUCUUGCAGAGCGCUGGUUGGUGAGAGUGCGUUUCACUGUGGAAGCUUACAACGCGGUGCAGAACAAAGCCCUUCUUCAGCGUGUCGGACAGUUGGGCUUGGGAGAAAGCAGCGUGAGCAGCAACUUCCAGGAGCAACUAUCGGUGGAGCUCGCUCAACGAGGUGUGCCCUUGCCAGUGGACUUCGUGGGUUCCAUCCCCCUGCAAGAUGGCGAACAGUGGUCUCCUGUCCCUUCGCCGCUGCUGAGAUGCAAAGAGAUUGAAAGAAUGAAAAGCUGA